UUCACAGACCUCUUCCUAAAUAAAUACUUCCUCUCCUCUCUUUUUAUACAACCCCAUUCCAAAUUUAGCAACUCUCUCUCUCUCUCCCCUCAAUCUGAAGAUCAAUACAUUUGAAACCAAAGAAAAAAAGAGUGUGUAUUGUUUGCCUGAUUAAAAAGUUCAAAACUUGCGGAUUUUGUGAGUAGAUUGAAUGCUUCUGUGAUCCGGGUUUUCGCGAAAUCGAGGAUCAAACACAUUUAAGGAGAGAAUCGUUUCGGAUUUUGUGUUGUUUUUUUGCAUCUGGGCCUUGUUAUUGUGUGUUGGCAUGUUGUAGGAGCUAUAAGAAGUAGUGAAAUGGGUUGAAUGUAUGCUGGUUUGGGAUUUUUUAAGCAAUGGAGCGAUGGAGUAUUAAUUCGGUGAAAUGAGCAUUUUACGAAGAUGAGAUAAGGGUUUUAAAAUGGAGGGUAAAGAAGAUGCCGAAGCAUACGAAGAGCAGCCUCCGUCGCCUAUUCAGGUUUUGCAGGAAAUAUCUGAGGAGGCACUUAAAGUGGCAGGGGAGACACUGCAAAAUGUGGUCCCGGGUAAUUCGAGCAUGCCACCAUUGGCACCGGGGCAUAGGCGCUCCCGAAGUGAAAUUGUAACUACGGGACACAGACGGAGCAAUAGCUUCCAGAAAUUGAAAAAUCAGAUGCAGAGGGCGUGGAGAUGGGGUGGAAAUUCGCGGGAUGAUUUGCGGUUGGCUUUCAAUCCUGAGGUUUUGGCAAACCAAAAACGUCAGUGGUAUCAGCUUCACUCCAAAUCAAAGGGCCAUAUAAGAUAUACCGAGCCAACUUCACUCUUUGAGCAUUUUAUUAUUGCGGGGCUUCAUCCGGAUGCUAACCUUGAAACUGUGGAGGAUGCAUUUGUUAAAAGAAAGAAAUGGGAGAUGGAGAUGAUAAACUCUGGAAUUGUUGACCUUAAAUUGCUACAGCAGCGGGGACCUCCAAUUCCUACAUUAGAACCUCAGAUACUUUUCAAAUAUCCUCCUGGGAAGCGUCUAGAUAUGCGUUUGAAAGAUUUAGCUUCCUUUUGUUUUCCUGGAGGGGUUAAGGCACGGUUAAUGGAGAAGACUCCAUCACUAAGUGAUUUAAAUCAAGUUGUUUACGGACAGGAGCAUUUAGGAAAAGAUGAUUUAUCAUUUAUUUUCUCACUCAAGGUGGCAGACAAUGCAACACUUUAUGGUGUUUGCCUACACGUGUCAGAAAUUGUUCAGAGGCCUCCUGCUAUCUUAGGCAUCUCAUCACCUAAUUCUCAUUCGAUGGGAGGACUCUUCCGAUUUUUGGUUUCUGCGCCUCGAUGCUACUGUGUGCUAUCCAGAGUUCCUUUUUUUGAGUUACACUACGAGAUGCUGAAUAGUAUCGUUCAACAGGAGCGUCUGAAGCGAAUCACACAAUUUGCUAGUGAAAUGGCACUUACUGAUUUUGUCCCUACAUUGCCCAAUGUACAAGAUAAUGAUGAUGAGUCCCCCGAGAGGGAGUCUUUUGAUAAUUGGAUGGACUCUGCAAUACCAGUUGACAGUCCAAUUGCCCUUACAGCUGCCAGUGCAGGAAUUAGACUGGACGAUGAGACUCCACCUUCUUCACUCAAGAUAUGGGAACUGCAGUCCCCUGAAAGUGUCUCAGCUAGUGAGAGUUCAGAUUUUAGUCAAGUACGGUAUUUAGACAAGGAUGGUAGAAAGGAUUCACAAUGUUCUGAUGACUAUGGUUUUGAGGUCUCAGAAACUCGUUCGGAAGCUUCAGAAAGAAUAUGCGGAAACUAUGGAAAUGACCAUACUUUUUCAGAGGUUGGGACAUCUUUCUCCUCCAGAAAUCGCACGUUUGAGAGUCUUGGGAGUGCUGAAUCUGUAUUUAGAAAUGGCCAUACUUCUCCAGAGGUUGGGCCAUCUUUCUCUUCCAGGAACCGCACAUUGGAGCGUCUUGGCAGUUCCGAAUCUUUGUUCAGUCCAGCUAGAAGCAUGGUAUCGGAGGAUGAAGACGAUGACCUUUUCUCGACUUGUGAGAAAGAGUUUGGUGAUGAACUGAUAAUGGAAUGGGCUAGGGAGAACAAGAACGAUUUGUUACAGAUUGUUUGUGGUUUUCAUGCUCUGCCUCUCCCACAACGAGGAAGUGAAUUAUCGUUUCUACCUCUUGAACAUCUUCAAGCUACUGAGUAUAGGCGACCUCCAGUAGCUGCUCUUGGUUUUGAUGAGAAUAGUUUAGAUUCAUUUCAAGAUCCUGGGGUCGAUGUUAUGCUAGCUGCUGCUGAAGAAGCGCUUGCACUAUCAAUAUGGACAACUGCAACAAUCUGCCGAGUUCUCUCCCUUGAAAGUAUUUUAUCAUUGCUUACGGGAGUAUUACUAGAAAAACAAGUGGUAAUAGUGUGUCCGAAUCUGGGUGUGCUAUCAGCUACAGUAUUAUCUCUCAUUCCCAUGAUUCGUCCAUUUCAAUGGCAGAGUUUAAUGCUUCCUUUUCUUAAAUAUCUUCAGGUUCUACCAGGGAAAAUGCUUGACUUUCUUGACGCCCCAGUUCCAUUUAUUACUGGGAUACAACAGUUUCCUGCAGACCUGAAGAGGAAAACAUCGGAUCCUGUUCAAGUUAAUGUGCAAAAGGAUCAGGUGAAAAUGUGUCAUUUGCCGUCACUUCCAAGACAUAAAGAUCUAGCCACUGAAUUAGGGCCCAUCCAUGCUAGACUGUCAUGUGAAGGUUCAUUUGCUAAAAAGCAUCCUGUAUAUAGGUGCAACGAAGUGCAGGUCGAAGCUGCAGGUCAGUUUUUGGAAGUCAUGAAGAACUACAUGGAGUCACUUUGUUCAGAUCUAAGGUCUUACACAAUAACGAGUGUACAAUCAAACAGUGACAGGGUUUCUUUACUUCUUAAAGAGAGCUUUAUCGAUUCCUUUCCUAGCAAGGACAGGCAAUUUAUCAAGUUAUUUGUGGACACGCAGAUGUUCACUGUUCUAUCCGACUCUCGUUUGUCAAGCUUUGAGAACGGUGGCUCCUAAGUGAAACCUGAUACAGAAGUUGAACGAACACAUCAUUGCAUGAUUACGAGUUACAUGUCAAGGAUUUGGUCUCAAGGGUAAUGGCUUCUCCAACUGCUAGUGAAUUACGAGGCACAAAUAAAUUGGAGUGGAGUGAAUGGCUUCCCACCCUAUCGGUGAAUGGCCCGCCUAAGGAAUUUUUGUCAACCUAACAUGGUUUGGGAGCAUCUCCCUGUCCCUGCAAACUGCUAGCUAAAGCCUGCAGAAAAUACAAAUUGUAACAUAAAAUUAUAGUCAAAAGUGCAAAAUCUCCACACCAACAUGUAUUGCAUUGCACACCCCAUAGGAUCACAAUCCCGAUAUUUUAUGGGGUUUUGAUGUUCGACCUAAUGAAGUUUUGUAUCUUUUCGAAAAUUUGUAAAUUUCGUUCAUAGACAUAAAGAUCCUGCCUCUGAUGUCAAUAGACAAAA